AUGGCGGAGCUGCAGCAGCUGCAAGAGUUUGAGAUCCCCACAGGCCGGGAGGCCCUGCAGGGCAACUACAGCUCCCUGCUGCGAGUCGCAGACUACUGCGAGGACAACUACGCGCAGGCCACAGACAAACGGAAGGCGCUGGAGGAGACCAUGGCCUUCACCACCCAGGCCCUGGCCAGUGUGGCCUACCAGGUGGGCAACCUGGCUGGACACACUCUGCGUAUGUUGGACCUUCAGGCGUCCACCCUGCGGCAGGUGGAAGCCCGUGUGAGCACGCUGGGCCAGAUGGUGAACAUGCAUAUGGAGAAGGUGGCCCGAAGGGAGAUCGGCACCUUAGCCACCGUCCAGCGGCUGCCCCCCAGCCAGAAAAUCAUCGCCCCUGAGAGCCUGCCUCCCCUCACACCCUACUACAGGAGACCCCUCAACUUCGGUUGCCUGGAUGACAUCGGUCACGGGGUCAAGGAUCUGAGCACACAGCUGUCGCGGACCGGGACCCUGUCUCGAAAGAGCAUCAAGGCGCCUGCCACACCCGGCUCCGCCACCCUGGGGAGAGCGCCCCGGAUCCCCGAGCCUGUGCAGCUCCCCGUCGUGCCGGACGGCAAACUCUCCGCCGCCUCCUCGGCCUCUUCCCUGGCCUCGGCCGGCAGCGCCGAAGGUGUCGGUGGGGUCUCCACGACCCAGGAGCAGGCAGUACCCCCACCUCCACCCCCUCCACCUGCUGCCGCCGAAGGUUUCCUGCCGCCCCCUCCGCUGGGCGAACUGUGCCUGCCCCCCCCAACCCCAGAGCUGCCCAUGCCCCUGGACCUGCCCCCUCCUCCACCCUUGGAUGUAGAUGAUUUGGGGCUACCACCUCCGCCACCACCAGGCUUUGGGCCUGAAGAACCCAGCUGGGUCCCUGAUGCAUACUUGGAGAAAGUGGUGACACUGUACCCAUACACCCGCCAGAAGGACAACGAACUCUCCUUCUCUGAGGGCACCGUUAUCUGCAUCACCCGCCGCUACUCCGAUGGCUGGUGUGAGGGUGUCUGCUCAGAGGGGUCUGGAUUCUUCCCCGGGAACUAUGUGGAACCCAGCUGCUGA